AUGGUAUCCUACAGUUACUUCGGGCUGCGCCAGACACCUUGGACGCUCCUAGUUUUAAUUUUCAUCGUGGAAAGCGUCAUGGGGAACUUCGCCAAAUCAUUCUACAUACAUUGGAACAGUACAAACAGUAUAUUUAGAAUAGACAAUACAGAUCACGUAUUCGACUUAAAUAAAGGAAACGCUCAGUUUGAAUAUGACCAAGUGAACAUAAUAUGUCCUUUCUACACUCCCGGAACGUUUGAGGACGACACGGAAAAAUAUAUUAUCUACAAUGUAAGCAAAGAAGAAUAUGAUACGUGUAGAAUUACAAACCCAAACCCACGAAUCAUAGCUAUAUGCGAUAAACCGCACAAAUUAAUGUAUUUUACAAUUACAUUUCGACCGUUUACACCUCAGCCUGGAGGGCUAGAGUUCCUUCCAGGCAAGGACUAUUACUUUAUAUCUACGUCCAGUAAGGACGAUCUGCAUAGGCGCAUUGGAGGGAGGUGCCUUAGUCAUAACAUGAAGCUAGGCGUUCGAGUGUGCUCCAUGGUCGAGCAGGGGCAGGCUCCAGCGCCACAGACGCACUUGCCAACCACUUUCCCCUCGACCACUACCACGAUAACGACCGUGAAGCCGGUGACGAAAAAGACGCACGAGUAUGACAAAUCUCCAAACGAUGUUGUGAAAAGCGAGGAGCUCUCCUACUCCCGCGGGGCGGCCCUAGCAUCUUCUAUCGCGUUAGCAUUUGCUGCU